CGCGUGACGUCACUCCGUCUCCGAGGACGUACGAAUCAUGGCAGCGCCCUGUGACUACUAGUGUUUCUCUUAGUUUUAAUACUGAUUUUGUCGGCUAAACAGCAAUGAUAAAAAUGGCGACACCUGCUGACGAAGAGCAGGAGAAAAAGAUUGACUUGAAGGAAGAAGUGGAAGCAAAACAAGAAACAGAAGAAGAGAUAGGAGAAAGUGAUGAGGAAGAGGAGUCAGGUGAUGAUGAAGAUGAUGAUGAUGGAGAAGCAGAAGAUGGAGCUGAUGAAAAGGAUGAUAAAAAAGAAGAAGAAAAAGCAACACCAACACCACGGCAAGCGGUCAAAGCCAAGAAAAAGCAGGAUGAUGUCCUCAACCUGAAUAAUGAGGUGGUGAAGAUGAGAAAGGACAUGAAGAGGGUACGAGCUCUGAUCAUCAGGAAGCUGAUAUCCCAGAUUGCUGCUUUGAAGAAGAAGAAGGGGAAAGAGAUGGAGGUUGAGCGGAACCAGAGGAGAGCAGCCAGACUGCUGGAGGAGAUCCAUGCCAUGAAGAUCCUUGUGCCAGAUCUGGUCACCAAAACAGCCUUGCAGAAGAGUCUCAACUUUGACCAAGUAUGUAAAAAUCCCAAGUCUACUAUUUCUGAUCGAGCUAUAGCUCGCAUCGCCACCCACCCACAGUUCAACAAGAAGAUAGAGCAGAUCAAAGCUGCUGUGAAAGCCUUCAAAGAGGAGAGGAUGAAGGGAGAAAAGCAGAGAGGGAAGGUACAAGGGCAAAAUCAGGUUGAAAAGUCAAAGCUACAGUCAGAAGGCAGUGAUGGAAAAAAAGGACAAACAAAGGAAGAGAAAGAUGAGGACAUUGAAAAGGCAAACGUUGAUAAACUGUCUAUAGAGGACAAAGGGAAUGCAAAUGUUUCAGCUGAUACUGUUGAUGUUCAAGAGAAAAAGACACCAGAAACUGAGACUAUAAAACCAGCAUCAAUAAAAAAUUGUGAAGUGCUCGAGACUGUGAGAAGUAAACCUCAAAGCGUAGCUGCGGAAACCAAACCAAAUCUAAAAUCUGUUCCUGAAGUGAUCCAGAAAAAGGACGUUGAGGCUGAGAGUGAUUUAGAGUCAUCAUCAGAGGAGGAGGAGGAUGGGGAGGAGAAAGAGUACUUUGAUGACAGCACUGAGGAACGUUUUCACAAGCAGUCCUCCGGGUCUGAAAGCGAUGAUGAUGACUUUUUUCUGGGAAAAGUUAGCAAAUUCAAGAAGAAAAAGACAAGUGGGGGAGUGGUGCAGCAGACGCAAGAAGUGAAAGGGGAAACAACCAGUCCACUGAAAACUUCUGACCCGGUCCAGAGUGAACUUGAUGAGCUUGAAUCCAGACUAAAAUCCAAGGCAACUUCCCUGAAAUCUGUUUUCUGCUCCUCCCUAUCAGGGACGAAGCAGAGUCGUGGUGGAGGUGGAGGCAGAGGUGGAAAUAAAUUUAGUAAACAGAGGGGUGGAAGGGAUGGAAAUAGAGAUUUUAGCAAACAAAGUAAGUUCCAAAAUCAGGAUAAAAGCAAGGAGGGAUUGAAAUACAAUAAACCCUGCCCUGAAGACAGGCGUCCUGACUCUGAGGAGAGGGGUUUUGCAUCCGCUGGCCGAGGGAGGGGGCGGGGGAGGGGGAGAGGGGAUUUCACAAGACAAAAGGAUCACAGAGGAGGAGGUGUCAUUUCCCAUCAGGCACCACAGCAGGCACUGCACCCAUCCUGGGAGGCUAGUAAAAAGAGGAAAGAGCAGCAAGGACAGAUCCAGGCCUUCCAGGGGAAAAAGAUCAAGUUUGAUGAUGAUGACUGAACUUUUUUAUUUAAGGCUUCAGCUGUAAGAUGAGCAUCUUAGUGUGUCUGUAUGAAGUUUGUUUUGGAGUCCAUUUCUUGAGUCCCUACAUCCAUGUAAAACUGUUAUUUCUAUGUAAAGGACUCAGAUCCUUAUGCUUGCUCCUGUGUUCAUCAAAACCUCUUUUCCAGUCAUACAGAGGCUGACAUUUGCAACACUAGUUUAGCUUAGAAAUUGAGUUAACAUCAACAAAUGACCAUCUCCAAACACAAACUUCACAUAAGUAUACAAGUACACAUGAUUGUAACAUAUUGAAGUGUUACUAAAACAAGGUUCAUCUAUCUAUUAUAUAGUAAAGUGUCUACAUGUCAUAUUUGUCAGAUAUUUGAACAAGAAGAUGCUCUGCAACAGUGGAAACCCUGGAAUAAUUAAAUGACAAUGUUUUGCAGGGUGUAAUUUUUUUU